AUGGGCGAGGAGCAGAGCACCGUGAGCGGCGGCGGCGGCGCCCCGGAGCCGGGCCACCCCGCCGCGGGCUCCCCCGAGCCCCCGAGGCCGCCGCGGGGGGACGGCGGCGGGGCGCCCGGGCCGCCCGCUGCCUCCCCGGAUCCGAGCGGCGGCGGCGGCGGCGGCUGCGGAAGCGACUCGGGCUGCGCGGCCCCGGGCGCCCCGGAGCCCGCGGGGAGCUGGGGGGCCCCGGGCUGCACGGAGAGCCGCCGAGCCCCCGCGCCGCCCGCAGGACUGGCGCCCCUGAACCCCCGGACGUUGCCGCGGCAGCUGGAAGAGCAGCGGGAGGAGGAGGAAGCCGGGCACCGAAAGGAGGACGGAGGGCGCGAGCCGCCCCCCGGAGAGGAGCCCCAGCCCGGGGCGCGCGUGGGGGGCCCGGACGCCCUGGUGCUGGACGUGCUGGGCCAGCGGCGCCCGCCCGCCGCCCGGAGGCAGGUCUUCUGCUCCGUGUUCUGCGUGGAGAACGUGCUGCCCCCGGACCCGGCCGCCGAGCCGCUCCCGCCGCCCCCCGCCGAGCCGCCGCGGGCCCCGCCGCCGGUGAUGGACGCGCCGGGCACCCCCUCCUCCUCCCUCCCGAGCCCCCGGCCGGCCCGCCCCGCCGCCGACCGCCUGCCCCCCGACGGCGGCGGCAUCGAGCUGGAGUUCUAUCUGGCGCCCGAGCCUUUCUCCGCGCCGCCCCGCCUGCUGGGAGCGCCGCCCUACCCCGGCCUGGGUGGGGUGGGGGACCCCUACGCGCCCCUCAUGGUGCUCAUGUGCCGGGUGUGCCUGGAAGACAAGCCCAUCAAGCCCUUGCCCUGCUGCAAGAAGGCCGUGUGCGAGGAGUGCCUCAAAGUCUACCUGAGCUCCCAGGUACAGCUUGGCCAAGUAGAAAUCAAAUGCCCUAUCACAGAAUGCUUUGAAUUUCUGGAAGAAACAACGGUUGUCUAUAACCUAACUCAUGAAGACUCCAUAAAAUAUAAAUACUUCUUGGAACUUGGCCGUAUUGAUGCCAGCACCAAGCCAUGCCCUCAAUGCAAGCACUUUACAACCUUCAAGAAAAAAGGACAUAUUCCCACCCCUUCCAGAUCAGAAAGCAAAUACAAAAUCCAGUGCCCCGCUUGCCAAUUCGUCUGGUGUUUUAAGUGCCACUCUCCUUGGCAUGAAGGUGUUAACUGCAAGGAGUACAAGAAAGGAGACAAACUGUUGCGCCACUGGGCCAGCGAGAUUGAGCAUGGCCAGCGGAACGCCCAGAAGUGUCCAAAGUGCAAGAUCCACAUCCAGAGAACUGAAGGGUGUGAUCACAUGACCUGUUCACAGUGUAACACUAAUUUUUGUUAUCGAUGUGGGGAGAGAUACCGCCAGCUCCGUUUCUUUGGAGACCACACAUCAAACCUCAGUAUAUUUGGAUGCAAAUAUCGCUACCUCCCAGAGAGACCUCAUCUAAGGAGAUUCGUGCGAGGGUCGGUCUGUGCUGGAAAAUUAUUUGUUGCACCUCUAAUCCUGGUCCUGGGAUUAGCACUAGGGGCCAUAGCAGUUGUAAUUGGUUUAUUUGUAUUUCCUAUCUAUUGCCUUUGUAAAAAACAGAGAAAACGAUCACGGACAGGUAUGCACUGGUGA